AUGGCCGCUGCUGCUGCUAACCCAGCAAGAAAGCGGUUCAUCGCAUUUCUUGGGGGCUGGUUGGAGCGUCAGCAAACCUUCCUCGAUCAGCUCCUUUGUUUGGUGGAUUUACCCAGCUCAGAGAACAAGGCCCACCAACAGAGGCAUUUGAUCGAACAGGUUCUGUGCCACUACCAACAAUACUUCGCAGAGAAGGCCCUGACGGCGGAGGAGGACGUUUUCGUGCUGUUCUCUCCGCCGUGGCUGAGCUCGUUCGAGCGGACCAUGCUCUGGCUUGCUGGGUUCAAGCCCUCAUUGGUGCUGCGCAUGGUGGACAGCUCGGUGGAGGACUUGACGGCCGAGCAGGCGCGGGAGAUGGAGGCGGUGAAGGGCGAGACGCGGAGGGAGGAGAGGGAGCUGUCGGAGACAAUGGCAAGGAUACAGGAGAGGGUGGCUGCGCCGCCGAUUCUAGCGCUGGCGAGGAGGGUGGGUAGGCUGAUGGACGGCGAGAUUUCGUCGCUGGAUUUGGCAAUGGAGACGCUGAAGACGGCGAUGCUGGGGGUUUUCGAGAGCGCCGACGGGCUUCGCGGGUUGACGGUGAGGAAGGUGGUGGAGGUCUUGAGCCCCGAGCAGACCGUGAAGGUUUUGGCGGCAGUUGCUCAGUUUCAACUCGGAAUUAGAAGGUUGGGGUUGCAGAGAGACUCUCAGCAGCAGAGCUAA